AUGGAAGGCUUGGGCCAAUUGUAUGACUUGAAUGGUCUUUUUUUAUAUAUAUACUCGGGCCUCCAUCCAUAUAAUAUCUCUCUGUUUCAGGCUCUGAGCCAGUGGAAUGAACUGAGUGCGAUUGCUGAGGCUGGAAGUGGUGGUGCGGAUUCUUGCACUUGUGACGCCUUUUUGCCAAGUGCUACGUUUCCUUUAAAAGAUCUCGUGGUGGUGGAAGAGGCAGCUGAGCAGAUCUCCCACAGGGUGGAGCUGGAGCUGGCCAAGAUCGAGGAAUAUGAGAGUAAGAUGUCCCAAUAUGCGGAAAAAAUCCUCGGGCUAACAAGGGAAAUUGAGCUACUGGAAAAGGAUCCUGAUGGCCAUAGUGAUGCCACUCUGGAAGACUUGGAGGUGAAGAUUGAACAAGUUGAAGCUCUGAUUGAAGAGCUGAAGCUCUCAUUCCGAAGCUCGACUGCUUUCUUCCAGUCGCUUCGCGAAGAGAUCACAGUCAUGGUGGAGACCCUGAACCAGCUGGAGAAGACCCACGAUAAGAAUUUGGUUCUCCAGACACGCCGAGAGUACAUCCAUAUCCAAAUGGAGCUAGAAGAGUGCGAGAGACGCCACCAAGAGAUCUUCAACCCCAACAUUGGUUCCUGCGAUCAUACGGGUAUCAUCAAGGUCAGCAAGCCUAUCGUGAGUCAACUUAAUGCUCUUCUGGGCACCUCCUACAUUUACGGAGGCUGGGGCAAAGACUCAAAGCCAAUUCCUGACAGGAAGUCCAUGUACUGGUUCUCCGGAGAUUCCUCUUGGUACAUUGAUGACAUUAGGUUCUACACAAACUACAAAAAUCUGGUUUUAAGAAACCCUUUCCUGCAUCACACCAUGUCAAAUGGAUGGAAUGGUCUUGGCAGCAAUUAUAUAGUUCGUGACAACACACUAUAUUAUCAGAAACACCAUCCAUUUGGGUUGGCUAAAUAUAAUUUUACAAGCUUAAAAUAUGAAACCAGAGUGAUUCCUGGGGCAAGCUCGACCUUUUCCUACGCCAAUUAUGCGUAUCAGUUCUUUGAUUUUGCUUCGGAUGAGAAUGGCCUUUGGGUGACGUAUGCCACGGAUGAGUCAAACGGCAAGAUGGUCAUUGCUAAAAUAAACGAAGAGUCUUUUGGGAUUGAGGAAAUAUGGGAGACCAAUAUCUAUAAACCAACCAUUAAUAACAUCUUUAUGGUGUGUGGUGUUCUUUAUGCUGUCAGGACAAUUGACAUCCAGAAUGAAGAGAUAUUUUUCAUGUUUGACACUAAAACCAAAGAAGAAAAGCAAAUUAGUAUAACUUUUGAGCGCUUCCAGGACAAGUAUUCCAACCUGGAUUAUAAUCCAAUUGAUCAGAAAUUGUACAUGUACAAUAAUGGCUACUACGUUAACUACCACUUGUGGUUUAACCACACGGCUAAGGCUACAGUUGAACCACCUUUUGCUCCAACCCAAAUCUGAGAUGAAUCCUUUGGAAGGGUCGUAUUGAAUUUUCUUCAUUUUUUGUCUCAUGAAAUUAAGUAUCCCUUCUAAUAAAAUAUCUCAUGCAUCAUCA